AGUCCCACAGCACGACGGUCACUCCGCCAGUCGGUCGCGGUGUUCCUCUAGGCUAGGGACUCCAGCAGGGAGCCUCGCCCGUCUCGAGUGAAACCAAGCGAGAACACAAACAAAGUGCGUGACUGAGGAUAAGACGCAGGAAGGCAGAUACGUAAGCAGCAGCACUAGCAGAAGCAGCAGCAUGACGCGAAGCAGUGACGUGGUGGCGAUGGAUGUUCACGCCUCGGACUCUCACAUGGUGUCCUUCGGGAAGAAGAGCGGCUGCUUCGUGAGUCGCUCUGUCGUGUGGCUCUUCGCCAUCCUCUUUGUCAGCGGCCUCGUCGCCACGGGACUCCUCGUCUACUUCUUCGCUCCACAUUUCAAGACAGAGGACUCCGUCAGAUCCACAGAGACGCAGGUGGUGGUGGAGCAGAUCCCGCGUAUCAAGAUGCUGCCACCCACCACCACCACCACCACCACCACCACCACAGCCACCACUACAACCACCACAAACAGGCCCUCGUCCACCACCACCACCACCACCUCCGCUACCACCACGACAACCACAGCUCCAGAGAAGGACAAAAUAGACGUGCGCCUUCCUCGAGCCCUGAGGCCGCUGCACUACCUGGUGAGGCUGCAGCCGCUCAUCAACGGCAACUUCAGCAUCCUUGGCUACGUGGAGGUGGAGAUGGAGGUGCUGCAGGCCACCUCUAACAUCACACUGCACAUCAGGGACAUCAUCACCUACAACGACACAGUGAAGCUGAGGGCGGCCCAGGACCAGACGGGACCGGGCCUAGCCAUCGCCGCUCACCAGUUCGACAGCGAGCGGGAGUUUUACGUGGCGCACUUGAACGAGACACUGCAGCCAGGCGACAAAUACGUUCUGUCCAUGCACUUCAUCGGUCUGCUCAACGACAUGAUGAAAGGGUUCUACAGGUCCUCCUACAGACACGCAGACGGCAACGAGACGUGGCUGGCGGCGACACAGUUCCAGGCGACGGACGCGCGGCGCGCCUUCCCUUGCUUUGACGAGCCUGGGCUGAAGGCCACCUUCGAGGUACACCUCGCCCGCCAGACCAAUAUGACCUCACUCUCCAACAUGCCCAUCAAAGAAACUAUUCCCAUGGAGCAGCAGGAGGGCUGGCUAUGGGACCAGUACCACACCACCGUCCCGAUGUCCACCUACCUCCUCGCCUUCGUUGUCUCGGAUUUCGUCUAUCUCAAUGCUACAACCAAGGGCGGAUCCCUUUUCAGGACCUGGGCCAGAAAAGAAGCAUUGGAUCAAGCCACGUAUUCCAACCUAAUCGGACCGGCUAUCCAGGAUAACUUCGAGGAUUACUUCAAUCAGUCGUAUCCGCUUCCCAAACAAGAUAUGAUUGCCAUUCCAGACUUUGCUGCCGGUGCGAUGGAAAACUGGGGCCUCAUCACCUAUAGAGAAACUGCGCUGCUUUAUGAUCCUUCUGUAUCAACACCAAUGAAUAAAUUUUUUGUGGCGGCGGUGGUGGCUCACGAGUUGGCUCAUCAGUGGUUUGGGAACCUGGUGACACCUCGCUGGUGGACAGACCUGUGGCUUAACGAGGGCUUCGCUUCGUAUGUGGAGUAUAUCGGCAUGCAAAGUGUGGAACCCACGUGGAAUGUGAUGGAGCUGUUCGUGAAUAUCAUGCUUCAGUCUGUCAUGGAUUACGACAAUGUUCAGUCCUCCCACCCGAUCAGGAUCGAAGUCCAUCAUCCAAAUGAUAUCAGUCAGAUUUUCGAUCGAAUUACUUAUUACAAAGGCUCCACAAUCAUCCGCAUGAUGAACCACUUCCUGACGGAGUCGGUCUUCAGGCACGGCCUCAGCACAUACUUGGACGCCUUCAAGUACGACAACGCCGAGCAGGACGACUUGUGGCGGCACCUGACGGAGGCGGCGCACGAGGCUGGCACGCUGCCUGCCAACCUCACCGUCAAGACCAUCAUGGACACGUGGACGCUGCAGAUGGGCUACCCCGUCAUCAAGGUGGAGCGGAGCGCCGACGGCACCUCGGCCACUGUCUCACAGGAGCGGUUCUUGCUGGUCAAGGACGACAAUGCUGACGACACGCACGACUACAAGUGGUGGGUGCCGCUGACGUACACGGGCCAAGACCAGCCUGACUUCAGCCAGACGCAGGCCAAGGUGUGGAUGAAGGACUCAGAGGCGCAGCUCACCGUCACCUCCCUGCCGCCAAAGGACCACUGGGUCAUCUUCAAUUUGCAGCAGACUGGCUACUACAGGGUCAACUACGACGACCACAACUGGAACCUGCUCAUCCGGCAGCUGCUCGCCGACCACCGCGCCAUCGCCACCGUCAAUAGGGCGCAGAUCGUCGACGACGCCCUCGACCUGGCCAGGGCAGGUCAGCUGAGCUACAGCGUGGCCUUCAAGGUGUUCAAAUACUUGCACAAAGAAAAGGAAUACCUGCCAUGGAAAGCUGCCAUCAACUCCCUGACUUACGUGAGGAGCAUGUUCAAGCUGACUGGAGCGUACGGAGCACUCAAGAACUACAUGCUGGACUUGGUUCUGCCGCUGUACGAUGUCAUUGGAUUUGAAGAUAGUCCAGACGACUUGCUGCAAGAAAGUUUUCUGCGCCAGACUAUUCUCAACUGGGCGUGUGUGCUAGGCCACCAGCCCUGCCUGGACACCGCCCACCACCUCUACAGGCAGUGGAUGCUUCAGCCACACAAUGAAAGCCUCUUCACGCCCAACGUCAAGUCGGUGGUGUACUGCCGGGGAGUGGAGAUGGGAGGAGAGGAGGAGUGGAACUUUGCCUGGAGUCACUACCUCAAGAGUAACGUUGCGUCCGAGAAGAGAAGGCUGCUGUCAGCCAUGGGAUGUACCAAGAAACAGUGGCUCCUUUCCAGGUAUUUGGACAUGGCCUUUGACGACAAGAGCGGCAUUCGAAAGCAGGACAGCCAGACGGUGUUCAGCGCUGUAGCUGAUAACGACAUGGGUCGUACAUUGGCAUGGAAUUACCUGCGGACCAACUGGAAGAAGAUUUAUGAUUACUUCGGAGGAAAAGCAAAGGCCAGAAUCGUCUCCUCCGCCACGAGUAACUUCAACACGGAGCAGCAACUUAACGAGGUGAUGGCCUUCAAAGAGGAGCGAGGCGAGCAGCUCUCCGCCGCCUCUAGGAUGGUAGAACGAGUGGUGGAGAAGGUUAAGAACAACAUGGCGUGGAUGAAGAACAACCACAACGUCAUCGCCGAGUGGCUGCAGAACGAAGGGUACGCCAUCAAGGUGAAGAACGUGUGAUGUGAUGAGGAGCAAACUGACGGCAAUAACGAAACACGUCAAACGAAGAAUGAAAUGUCUGAACACAAGAAGGUUGUUUGAAUAAAAAGUGAGAAACUCGAGUGAAGUGAGCAAAGUUAGCAAAGUAAGAAUAUAGUGAUACAUACAAAUUACAAAAACAUGACACGAAUUCUGUUGACAUUUACACUUCAUUACUCUCUUCAGAGUCAACCACACCUUACUGCGUCUUAUCGGGUGAUGAGAAAUAUGCAAAUAAUUGUAAGGCCUUGCCACAUUCCGCAACUUUCUCCUGCAGACAGUCCUUCUCUUAAGAUUCACGGAUAACUCAGAACCUCAAAAUACUUUCAACAUUCCUUAUACGGGAGUAUUUUAUUGAAAAAAGUCAAUUAUAUCAUUCUUUUUAUUAAUCGUUCACGCAAAUAGUGUGUGUGUGUGUGUGUGUGUGUGUGUGUGUGUGUGUGUGUGUGUGUGUGUGUGUGUGUGUGUGUGUGUGUGUGUGUGUGUGUGUGUGUGUGUGUGUGAGAAUAAAUCAAAAAUAUUUUUGUAAUUGAAGUUAAGUGAUAUAAUCAAAAUAAUGAGAAAACAAUGUAUUGACUCUCAGUGUUUUACAACUUUACAUUCUUGACAAAACUUACUAUUUUCUUGUUUCUGUGCAUUGUUUACUGUUGUGUGUGACUUUUGACUAUGUGUACCUGACGUUCCAUCUCAUAUGUACAUAAAAUACAACAGAAAAUACG